AUGUCUCCCGCAAAACCUACCAGUUUCAACGGCAUCCAUCACCUCAAACUCCCAGCAAACGAGAUACGCAAAACCGAAGCCUUCUACACUCAGGUUCUCCCAUUCAAGUCUUGCCCCGAAUUAGAUCAUUACACGCCCGACGGUAAACUCUUCGCUGUACUCCUGACAUACAACCCAGCAAGCCUUAUGCUCGAGAUUCGCCAUAAUCCAGAGCAGGCGAGGAUCCAAAAAGGCUGGGACCCGGUGACAUGGAGUGUUGAUUCCCGAAAGGACCUGGAGGAAUGGGGUGCGUGGCUUGAUGAGAAGGGCAUCAGUCAUUCGAAGGUGCUCAAGGGGAUGAAGGGAUGGGUGAUGGCAGCCGAGGAUCCGGAUGGGAAGAUCGUGCGGUUGUAUACGGUGGAGGACCACGAGUGGACGACUGAUGUUGAUAAGGAUGCGUACUGGUUGAGAUAG